AUAAGAUUGGGCUACUUGUGUCAACUCAGUAUCCCAAAAAUUACUUAAUAAAGCUUAAGCAGGUAGGAAGAAUUCAUAUGUUUUUAUUCCCUUAAAUAGGACUCAAUUAAGGACAUUAUUUCAAUUGUGUCUGACUCAUUAUAUUGCAGAUGAUUCAAAUCUUGAUUUACAAAUGCUUUAUGUCGUUUUAAAGCUGAAAUGCACCCACGAAUCGCACUGAUGUCUGAUUAACAUCACCGUGGCGGUGUCCAUGCUUUCAUCAGCUGCAGCCGCCUGCCUCUGUCCGCGGUGCUGAUCUCUAAUCACGUGAUCUCCCUCUACUGUGUUGGCUCAGUGCUUCCGCCCCCUCUUCUUUUUUUACGGCGUUUUUCUGUCUUUGAACCGACACAAAUAAAACAGCUUCGGCUGCAUUUUCAUUUAUAAACGGUGGAACAAUACAGACAGGACUUUAUUGUGUUCUCUGCAGGCCGCGGCUCUUUUCAGCAUAACCAUUUUCGGCCGUCAAUCGGUUAGGUACAUGUAAUCAUGGACGGCGACUAUUCGUCCGGUUUGGAAAACCCUCUGUAUGGUGAGCUGAAAUACUUCUGUCGGAAAAUACAGGAGGCCUACAACGAGCUGAAGGAGGACUUGACACCUUACCGAGAUGAUCGUUUCUACAGGUAGGUCUCUACUAAAAAAUCUCUGCGCUACACUUGCACGGUCAGAGACGAUCAAUGUUUUUUGUUUGUUGUUGGGGUUUAUUUUUUGCAUUAUUUGUCAUGAUUUAUGUACUUAGAUAUCAGGGAAGACCAGAGCAGCUGAUUUGCAUCAUUGGCCUGUUGUGUUAUGAUCGCAGAUGCAAGCGAGGAUUUUUUCCGUUGCAGAGAUUUUCAUAAAGAUUAUUUUGUAUUUAUUGUCUAGGUGACAGAUCAAUGCAAAUAAAUGAGUUUAUAUAAAGAAAUAUCCUUUAAUUUGCACAUACAUGCAGGCAAUUAUGUGAUUUGUAUUUCUAUUGUAGUCGCUAUAUUUGCAUGAUCACUGAAAUAUUUGGCGUUACCUCCAUUUAAAUUUGCACCAGGCCUCCUAAUUUAUAGGCAACAAGUGUUGCAUGUUGAAGGAUAUUGAACCAUAUCAGCGUUAAAUGGUGAUGAAAUAUUGCAUGUCUCUUUUGAAAUUUAGAUGUUGCCGUUCGCAAGUGAAUUAUUGUAAAUAAAUCCUUGAAAUUGCUGAAUAGAUGUUAUGUGGGCUCGUUAGAAAUUAGAAGUCAACGUUGACGUGAUGCGCCUGCGCACAACGUCAGUCGUGAAAAACCCUGUCAGGAAACACAUACUCAAGAUACACAAAAUGAAUACAGUAUUUAUCUACAUAUUUUACUCUGUUGUACAUUUAGUGCGUGUAAUCAUUCAACAAGCGCGUAUAUUUAUUUAGAAUAUAUUCAAUAGGGAGGACGGAAGGAAGUACACUUUCCUUUCCUCGUCCCCUUUCUCCUUUUGCGGUCACAUGACCACGGCAGUCCGAUGACGUAGCUCUCCAGUUGUCGCAGAGUGAUGGUGAUACACGGAUGUGGCUUCACUGCGAAAUUAUAACGCCUUAUCUCGAUAUCGAGACCACGACCCGCAAAAAAUGGAGUUGUAAGUGUUUGUUUUUGUCAGCGGAUACACUUGAGCUCCGUUACGGGUGGUUAAAUUGAUAAAAUAUGCGAUAAACUACUGUGUGUCGCUCGUUUCUGUCUAGCAUAAGCUAGCAUGGGCGCCUGCAGUGUUGACAUAUCCGCAUCUGAGGGACCUUCUCUGUGGUCUCACAGCUUAAUCUACAAAACAAAUAUUGAGCAUGUCGGUUAGACUCGCACUCUUUUGUUAAGCUUGUGAGUGUUUUAUGUCUGAAUGUCUUCCUUUAACAGAUUAGCCCCCAUGCGGCUCUACACUCUGUCCAAAAGACAUUUCGUCUUGGUGUUCGUGCUGUUCCUGAUCUGCUUUGGCCUCACAGUUUUCAUCGGAGUCGCAGGUACAGAUGAUAAAGAAGUUAUCCAGGCCUCCUUAAAGUAAUGUAUCAAGAACUGAUAACGCUUGCAGUAAAGUAGUCUUAUCUGUUUUUGUUCCUUUAGCCAAAGCUGUGACACUAUAUUUAUUGUUUCCAUUGCCUCUACAGGUCCGAAGAUUAUUUUAGAGCAAGUUCACAAUGGUGAUCAGCAACUUGUUAAAAAUGCCUCAGUCAAGGUAAGAUGAGAAAAUUUGUUUUUCAACGGUAGUAAAUGCACAUAUGUGUUACUUAAUAUACACCAGAAACAUUUGUGUUAUGCUUUGUUGAUUUACAUGAGUUGUAGGGGAGAGUGGGGUAAGAUGAGCCAUUUUUCAUAUUACAGAUCACUACAUCAAGGCAAACAUAGUUUUAUCUCAAACUAGUGUAUCUCCAUAUAUUUCAAGAUGUUGUGCAUCCCUGCAAACCAACAGAAUGAGUGUAAACAUAACUGUCUUGAUCAAAUAGCAUGCCAAAAAGGUGGUCUCCUGUGGUCAACUUACCCCGUGUAUGGCGUAAGUUGACCCCAUAGGAGCGGGGUAAGUUGAGCCGUAUCCCUACUACUACCCCCCCCCCCCCACUUUCCACCUCAGCCCUCCCUCACCUUCUCUCUCACGUCUUCACAUUCAUGUGUAUUUUUUAUCCGUUAUACACUAUUCAACUGGUACAAUAAUUCUUUUAUUAUUAUUAUUGCAUAUAACUGCUAAAAAGCUGUUUUGUAAAAAACAUUUUAACAUGAGAAUGUCUUUAAGUGAUUCAGAACAUUCACAGCUGUAUUUUUGAAAAGAAAAAGUAAAACAUUUCAACAAUCUGAACUGAAACUCUGAUCCUCUCAUCAGACUUCUUUACUUUCUCAGUUGAGCAACUGACUCAACUUAUCCCUGAACUACUAUUAUGACUUUAUUAGUCCUCUAAGCUAAAAUGGUGGACUUUUAUGCUAGGUUUUUGACCUCAUGUUGUAGCUCAUAGAUACCACAAUUUAUGUAUGAAACAAAUUUAAAAUGAUCUUUUUUGGUCUGAACACAAUUCUAAUAAAACUUAUGACAGACUAAAUUCACUUUCAAGAGUGAAAAAUGCUUUUUUGUAAAUAAAUGUCUAACCCCUUCACCCAUGUGUUUCUUACCAUCACAGCCUCCAUGAAUUGAUGCCCAUCUCCUAAAUAUUUGGUCAGAUGAUCAAUUUCUUUUACCAUUUCCAAGCAACUUACCCUUUGGCUCAACUUACCCACUCUCCCCUACUGUGUAUACCAGUGUCCAUGAAUAUUACUGUAACAGAUAUUUGUGUCUUUUUUUUCUUACAAAGGACAUUUUUAAUUGAACUUCACUGCUUACUAGAUGUUAAAUCUGUCAGUUUUUGUCUGUAUUGUUUGGACACAAAAGUUUCUCACCAGCGCCAUCAGAAGCAAAGCAGGCUCAGACCAUCCAUAACAUAACUGCAAUAAAGAUGCCCUUUCAUUGGAAUACCAUCUUGUGUGUUACCAAUGAUGAGUAUCCCUCAAAAUGAUACAGAGGCUAAUGAUGUUAUUUGUUAUCCAUUUUCAGACGGGGCCCUUUAAACUAGUCUCUAACCCCCUGACCACAUACAACCAGCAGUUAUGGCUCACCUGUGAGAUGCAGGCUGAACACAGCAACAGUAAGACUUUAAUCCUUGUUUACCAUGAGAUUAUCAGAUGUCUCUUCUUUCAUGAGUAUACUUGGGUACAUUUAAUAGCAUGCGUUUACUGUUGUUAUGUCAGUGAGAGACUUCCGGCAGCCUUUCGAGAUCUUUGUUGAGCUGAAAGGGGUGAUGUCAGAUGCCAGGGUGAUGCAUAUCAACAAAGUGCACCAGAGAUCACGGACGCUACACUGUGCAGCUGUAGGUGUCAGUCAAACUAACGUCUGAUUUUCUCUUCUCACCGCAUGUCUGAAUAUCAUAAACCAAUGAGUCUGGACUACUGGGUUGAAUUUGAUCAUUUUAGUGAUGUCUUUUGUCCCUUAAACAGAAAUGUGAUGAGAUCAUUGUGCUGCAUCUGGGCUACCUGAACUACACCCAGUACCAGGUCAUGGUCAGCUUCAAAGGUCUUGAAAAUAUCACAUAUGAACUCAAAGCCAAGUUUGUGGUAAGUAGCACACACCUGCAGGUUUCUGCCCAUAGCAAAACAAAAAACAGUGAUAUUUGUCUUUGUGAUGCUGCAGUUGGUCACAGCUUUAUAAAAAUUUGUGUUUUUUUGUUUUGUUCUUCAGUGGAAAACGUACAAUCCCACCUUCUCACAGGUGGAGAUUUGGUUCCGGUUUGUCUUUGUGGUGUUGACUUUUAUGGUGACGGUAAGAGCACACAUCAUUUUAGAUCAUUACUGUUACACUGAGUACUACAAAACUGUAACAUUGAUUGGAUUUUUAUUAGGUUGGUGUAUACCUGACAAUUUUUUCUGCAUGUUUUUCCCAGUGUAUGUUUGCACACUCACUGAGGAAGUUUUCAAUGAGGGACUGGGGCAUUGAGCAGAAGUGGAUGUCCAUCCUGCUCCCUUUGCUGUUAUUGUACAACGGUUAGUUUCCUCAUUCUGUCAUAUUUGCACCACCUUUAAAUCUGCAUCUCAAAAGCUGCAGUUUGAUGUGUCUUUUUCCAGUUUCAACCUUAUGUCAGAGUUUUAACACCGGCUAUUUUGGAUAUUUGUGUCUUUUUCUAUCCAGAUCCAUUUUUCCCACUGUCGUUCCUGGUAAACAGCUGGUUUCCAGGGACGUUAGAUGCUUUCUUCCAAGCUCUGUUCCUGUGUGCCCUGCUGCUCUUUUGGCUUUGUGUCUAUCAUGGUAUCAGAGUUCAGGUGAGUCUCGUGCCCAAACUAAACUUUUUCUUUAAUCAUAUCUAGUACAGGUAAACGAUAAAAUCCAGGAUUUCAAAGUAUCAUCUCCCCAGAGUAAACUGGCUGUAUGCAUGAGAUAUAGUAAGGCUGCGGCUCUGUAGAUGACACUGUAAUUAAUUUCUUUCACAUUGGUUUGGUUGUCCAUUUUUAUACCCUUGAUCUUCAUUUUGAAUUAACGCUUUACAUUUCUUUUUUUCAUAACUUGGAACAGCCUCUUCUUUAAAGGCUCCCCCUUCUAACUUAGCUCAUCAUGAAUCUUAUUUUGUGUGUUUUCUGCUGUUUCCACAGGGAGAGAGGAAGUGCCUGACGUUCUACCUUCCUAAGCUGAUUAUUGUAGGUCUUCUGUGGCUCUCAGCAGUUACACUGGGCAUAUGGCAAACGUAAGACUGACUGACUGACUCACUAGCUUCAUUAACUGAAACUUUGAGUUAAACCAGGACUUGAAAUAUAAACUCUAUCUGAAUUUUCAGGGUCAACGAACUCCAAGACCCGACCUAUCUGUAUAAAGUUGACAUAGCAAAUUUUCAAGUGAGUCUUUUCCAUGAAUAGAAACAUGCACAAUGUCUGUUUUUUUUUCUCUUGCAGUUUUAUAAAGUCUCGUUUUUCCGUACAGGGCAUGAAGGUCUUCUUCCUGAUUGUUGUUGUCCUCUACAUCCUCUACCUGAUCUUUCUGAUCGUCAGAGCUUGUUCUGAACUCAAAAACAUGCCGUACUCAGGUACAGCGGCACACCUUACCUCUCACUGAUUCAGGUUGGGUUCCUUUUGCAAGAAUAGCCUAAAUCUGUGAUGUGUUUUCCUCAAUAGAUCUCCGGCUGAGGUUUUUAACAGCGCUGACAUUUGUGGUCCUUGUUAUAAGGUGUGUAAUGAAAAACACAAAGACCUUAAAUGAUUCUUUGAUUUCACUAAUCUUUGUUUUUUAGGUUUAAUCUGAUCCCGUUGUUGUUUUUGUUAUCCUCCAGCAUGGUCAUUCUGUACCUGAGGUUUGGUGCCAAGGCUCUACAAGACAAUUUCGUUGCUGAGCUGUCCACACAUUAUCAAAAUUAUAUCCUUUCUGAAUAUUUUUAAUUCAGGCUAUGAUUUUAUGUCACUGUCAACAUUUGAAGGAGUGUGCUUUGAUAGUCUUAAAGAGUUUAAAACUUUUCCUUAACUCCAGUCUUACCAGCUGAAUUUCUGUCAUUCUAUGGCCUUCUAAACUUUUACUUGUACACAUUAGCAUUUGUGUAUUCACCCUCUAAAAAUGCUCUCUAUGGUACGGUAACCAGCACAAUUGCAUUUCUGUUAACAGUCAAACUAAAAUAUUAAACUAACUUGAUUUGUUUGAUUCCCAAGACUCCCAGUUGAAGGAUAAUCCAGCUUUCUCCAUGCUCAAUGACUCAGAUGACGAAGUAAUUUACGGGUAAAGUGUUUCUUUAUUUACUGAAUUUUGCAAAUUCUUACUGUAGAAUUAAAUAAACCAAUAACAUGUCUUGUCUUGUUUUGUUUUGUGCAGGAGUGAUUAUGAGGACAUGCCUCUACAGAACGGGCGCGCCAUCAAAGCAAGCACCAAGUACCAGGAUGAGAGUGACAGUGACUGAUGGGAUCUUCAACCUGUGUGACAUUCCCUUUUUUGUGUCCUCACAUUACUGCACAUUACUACAUACUACUGUAUUGUGUAUGUAAAUAAGGAGUAUUUGCAUUGGUAAAGAUAAGAUGUAAGUGUACAUAAAUAUAUUUUUUAAAAAGGAGAAGCUCCAUGCCUACUGAAUGUACUGUACUUUUACUGAAAAGCUGAGGCAGGAAGCCGCUCAGAUUCUGUCCUUUAUUGUUUUGAUUUGGUCCAAGACGAUGAGGGAAACAAACACUUUUGAAACAAGUGUAUGAACUUUUCUCUUUCAUAACCAGCUUUUCUGUACAACCCGAGAGCUGUAAGUGAAUGGGAAAGUGCUAAUAUCAGUAGGAAUUUUUUUUCGUGGUGUGGAGUCAGUUGUUCAAUUGCUCCUUUUUAAUGCUUUGCUUUGAACCACUAUUUCCAUUUAUUCUUGCAAUGGGUUGUUUUGACAUUUCUUUCCACUUUCUGGCAGUCUGAGAUGAAUACCACUGAAUUUAUCAGGCCAAAGCUGAGUAAUUUUAAAUUCUAGGUAUAAAGUUAAGAAAAAAAUCUCCUCUGUUGGAUUGCACUUUUUAGAGGUACAUGGUGACUCUUCACCUCAUGUGGGAUUGAUAAAUAAGGAAGUGCCAUAGCAUUGUUGGCCAAUAUACUUGUAGAUUUAGACAUCUUGAUGAAAAUACAGAGAGAGAGCCUUAACUAGGAGAAACACCACUCAUUUCUUGCCACUCUUCCUCCCUUUGAAAGCAGCUUUGUAAUUGCACUUGUGUAGUAAUUAUAAAUAUUUUGCCAAAACUGAAAAAGUUUGAUACAUCGUGUUAUCAGACUACCAGGAUGGAUGUAUUUUGACAAAUUCUGUAAAUUUUGAACAAGUGUUUGUAAAUUAACUUCUAAUCAAUCUUGUGAAACAUUUCUUAUUCCAGUCGAUAUUGUAUUUGCAUCAUUUAAACUUGUUUUGCCUUAUGUAAAUUGUUUUCAUUUUCACCUCCUUAUAUUGCCGGGAAUGCAAGAGUUGCUGCCCUCUCUGCUGUUUAUUUUUAACUGACUAGAGCUCAUGGGCAACAGCCAAAACAAUUGUCAUUUACCAACAGUAUCUCCAUAUGUUCUAAUCAAGAUGGUGCCUUGUCUUUACAACUGUUUUAUGCUCAUUGAGCAGCAGUCUCAAAUUUGUAAAUGCUUUGUGAUAAAGGUACAUUUUUAAUUGUUCCAUGUGAAUGUAGCUGAUGAUCAUUUGAGGUGGUUAAAUGAGAUUGUUGUGGGUCGGGAUGCGUUAAAAGAUUUGCAAUUUUUGUUGCUUUAUUACAAAAAAAGCUGUACAUGUAGCACACUGUCAUGUCACAUGUAAAUAAAGCAAAGUUUACACAUUA